AUUACAGAGUAUUGUGAAAAUGGUUCAUUAGACAAAUUUUUAUUAAAAAGUGGAAGUAAUGAAAAAUUGGAUGAGUUUAGAAUUUGGAAAAUUUUAAUUGAGGUUUUGGCAGGCUUGAAUUUUUUGCAUUCAAACAACAUAUUGCAUUUAGAUAUUAAACCUGCAAACAUUUUUAUUAAUUUUGAAGGCUGGCUUAAAAUUGGAGAUUUUGGAUUAUCAACAAAAUUAGAUAACGAAUUUAUUGAUAACAAUAAAAGAAGCAUUAUUAGAUCUUCAUUUGAGAAAGAAGGCGAUCGUGAAUAUAUUGCCCCUGAAAUAUUGUUAAAGUCUGAGUAUGGGAAACCAGCAGAUAUAUUCUCAUUGGGAUUAAUGAUGGUAGAAAUUGCAGCUAAUAUUUAUUUACCAGAUAACGGUUUAAGUUGGCAAAAACUAAGGUCGGGAGACUUGUCAGAUGCUGGAAACUUGAGUAGUAGAGAUUUAAACUUGAAUUCAUUAAAAGUCUCUAGUACAAUGUCAACAACUCCAACUUCAAAAUCUUACAACUCUCGAGGUGGUAGUUCACAUCUAACAUUAACCAACAUGACCAACAUAACAGCAGAUUCUUCAAUUAAUUUAUUUUCUUCUUUAAACGACGUAUUAGAAAGGGGAAGUAAGAACUUUGGUAUGGGAAUGGGCUCGAUUGUUGACAAGCAACUAAAUAAUUUUAUUAAAGAUGGAGAAACUCUUGAUUUAAUCGUUCAUUGGAUGAUUGAGCCAAACCCUACAAACAGGCCAUCGACUGAAGAAUUAUUAAACCUCUAUGAAUUACAAUACAUUGAACUAAGAAGAAAAGCAGGAGCAAUAGUUUAUGAAGGCGAAUAUGGACCAAAGUUUGAU